AAUUCAAUUUAAAGACGCCUGCAAUUUAAAGUAACGAGGGAAACAAGUCGCUUUAACUUAGCAUAGAAAGGAUUGCAAGUGCAGUUUUAGCAUUAAUUUAUGUAAGUAUCUGUUAUUAAUUGAUGUUAUAUGAUCUGACUUCAUUUUAUAUCUUUGUUUUGCAGAAUUUCUAAUCGUCACUUUUACCAUUUAUUAACGUUUUUGUAAUGGCAUCCAGUCGCCGGUCUUUGCGCCUAAACGAACGUCUUGGUUUAACUCGUUUGCCCAUUUCAAAAACAAAACGCCAACAUGAAGAUCAAUCACAGCAAGAGCAAGUGAAGAAAAGAGUCGUUUUGGACGAUGUUACCAAUCGCAAAACGAAAAAGAAAAUUUCCGCCAAAAAGAAAAAAGCAGUUACUGAAAUAAAGCCCCCGCUUAAAACAGCUGUCGAACGAGAACAGAACGAGAAUUCGUCCGAUAUUUCCAAUGAUUCCAUUCCAUCUUCCCAAUCUUCUUGCGACUUGUCACAAAAAUCUUCAAAAGGUUUACCUUGCGUUACUGAAGAAGAUGUUCGUAAACUUAAAGUGGAAAAUAUUCGCUUGUCGAUAGAUAUUGAAGAACAGCAACUGGAGGAAAUUGAAAGUUUCGAAUGGGAGGACAUUGAUAAGGCGCAGAUAAAUGAUAUUUACUAUAAUGGGUUAUACGCUGCGCACAUCUUCGAAUAUUACAAAGAGAGAGAGACAAAGUUCAUUCCAUCAGAUUAUAUUUCCACGAAUAAAGGAAUUUCGUGUAACAUACGCACUGUGCUAGUAGACUGGAUGGUGGAAAUUCAAGAAAAUUUUGAACUGAAUCACGAAACUCUCUAUUUGGGAGUAAAGAUGUUGGACUCUUACCUUAGUAAGAAAACUAUUUCAAGAGAAAUGCUCCAAUUGUUAGGAGCAACAUGCAUGUUCAUUGCUUCAAAAUACGAUGAGCGUAUGCCCCCUCUAUUAGAUGACUUUUUAUACAUUUGCAAUGAUAUUUAUAAACGUAGCCAACUUAUAUCUAUGGAACUGGACGUUUUGAAAUCCCUUAACUUCGACAUAGGGAUGCCCUUGAGCUAUAGAUUUUUAAGAAGAUACGCUAAGUGUGCUAAAGACGAAAUGCCAAUGUUAGCUCUGGCUAGAUACAUUUUGGAAGUAUCUUUGAUGGAUUAUUCCCUUAUUUUUUAUAGAGAUUCACAAAUUGCUGCCUCAGCUCUUCUACUCGCUCACGCAAUUGAGGGAAAAUAUGAAUGGUCGGGAACUAUGCGCCACUAUACUGGCUAUAAGAAGGAAGAACUUCAGGAAACUGUUAGAAAAUUAAACGCCCUCAUUAUUGCGAACAAAUCUUCAAAGUACAAGAACGUCCGAGAUAAAUAUUCACACAGCGUGUUCCAUUGUGCUGCUAAGAAACCAACCCUGACCGAAAAGCAAUUGCAGAGUUUAUUUGAACCGACCAAUCAAGAAAUUGUGGCGUUGAACGGCAAUAUUGAUCAUUGGCUAUCGGAGGAGCGUGAGCUUUGUUGCUGGAAAUAUCGGCUGGAAAAUCAAAAUAGAAUGACUGAUUCACAUCUAGUCAAUAAUAUAAAGCGACCUCCUAUACCGGGUCGGGAAUCUUCGUUUACUUGCAUAGAGGAUUUUGAAUUAUUACUAAAGGAUAGAGAAGGAGUUAAACUAUUUAAGAAGUUCCUGGAUAUAACUGACGAGGCUGGUCAAUUAGACUUUAUAUUUGCAUGCCGUGGUUUGAAAAUGGUAAACGACACAAAGAAAAUAGCUCAUAUUAUAAAAACGAUUUAUCGAUACUAUGUAAGAAGGAAAAGGGUUGAUCUUCCGAGUGAUAUAAGGAGGAAAAUGAGUGAAAAAAUAAGAAUUAAUCGGUCGGAUCCAAAAUUAUUUGAUGAAGCUGAAUGUUAUGUGGAGGAUAUUUUAAGAAAUUAUGCUUUUAGAGCUUUUUUAAAGUGCGAUAUCUACUCUAGAGCCUAUUCUGACUCCUCUUCAAGUUCCAUAGCGGAUCGGUCAAUGGAAAGAAAACGCUACUAUUCAACGUUUGAAAGUGAAUUACAUAGCUCAAGCGAUGCAUUUACGGACGAUACCCUGUCUUUAACAGAUUCAAGCGUAGAUGGUCGAUGUGUCAGGGAAAGUGGACGGCUUUUUGAAAAGUUGUUUCAUCCUAUUAUACCUCGUCAUCGGCCUCGUUGUAAAGCGAAUAUUGCUGAAAGCAAUCCUGCAGAAUUCCAUAAGCAAUUAGUACAUAAAUUGAAUGAACAUAUCAAAAAAACGGAAACAGAAACUGACACGAGUUUAAAUGACUCGGAAAAUCCUCAGGAUAUUCUGGACGAGCACGUUGGUAGAGUAUUCUCCAACGGUGCACGCCAAGAAAAACGCUUUAAAACUGCAGAUAGCAAUCAAAGUAUUAAUAGUAAUAGUAGUAUUAUUCAAAAGGAUAAUGAUUCUACAAUAGUCGCUUACUUCCUGCCUAAUGAGGCUAUUCCUUAUAAGUGUACAUUACCUGGAAAAACUGUUACAUUAGCCAAUAUUAAACGUCACAUAAACAAAGGUUCAAAUUACAGGUAUUUUGUUAAAAAAGAGUCAACAGAGUUCGACGUUGGUGUAGUUAAUGAAGAAGUCAAUGACGAAUCAUCUCCUUUACCGUUAUUCGAAGGAAAAAUUAUUUUAACAAUAAAUAAACUAGAUUGA